CACAGUCAGAACCGGAUACCGGUCACGCUUGACAGGUCUCCCAUCUUCCGAGCAGAUCCGCUCUCGGUCGAGGCCGAGACGUGAUCACGAAGACACCACAGCGUGUGCUAAAUGUUUCUCCCUCUCGCUUUGGGAAAAACAGGGAUACUGCAUCUUUAAGUCAGAUGUAGUCCCUUUUUUGGGAUGGGCUAUUUUCAUAACGUCAUUUCAUUCCUCCCUCUUGUUCAUUUUCUCAUUCUUUAAUUCUUUCUCUCCCCCAUUUCCUAAAUGGAACAGAUUUUUCAAACCUCCACCUCUCCGUGCUUUCUCUGAUUUUUAAUUUUUUUUUUUAGUCUUGCUCUUUUUUGUCUAAAAAAAAAUAUCGCUGGACCUAGCAGUAAAAGGCGAUGAUGAAAUUUUGCAAAAUGACUCAGUAACUUUUCUUUCUUAACAUUUGCCAAUUUCUAAUCAGUUUCAUUGAACCAUGAUGUAUUCGCCUCUCUGUCUUACUCAGGAUGAGUUUCAUCCGUUCAUCGAGGCCCUGCUCCCUCAUGUGCGGGCCUUCGCCUACACCUGGUUCAACCUGCAGGCGCGCAAGCGCAAGUACUUCAAGAAGCACGAGAAGAGGAUGACGAAGGACGAGGAGCGGGCGGUGAAGGACGAGCUGCUCAACGAGAAGCCGGAGGUGAAGCAGAAGUGGGCCUCGCGGCUCCUGGCCAAGCUGCGCAAGGACAUCCGGCCGGAGUGCCGCGAGGACUUCGUGCUCUCCAUCACCGGCAAGAAGCCCUCCUGCUGCGUGCUGUCCAACCCCGACCAGAAGGGCAAGAUGCGCCGCAUUGACUGCCUGCGGCAGGCCGACAAGGUGUGGCGCCUGGACCUGGUGAUGGUCAUCCUGUUCAAGGGCAUCCCGCUGGAGAGCACGGACGGCGAACGGCUGGUGAAGGCAGGCCAGUGCACCAACCCCAUCCUCUGCGUGCAGCCCCACCACAUCAGCGUGUCUGUCAAGGAGCUGGACCUGUACCUGGCCUACUUCGUGCAGGAGAGAGAGUCUGAACAGAGUAGCAGUCCAAGAACAGGGAUUGGUUCUGACCAGGAGGACAGUAAAACAGCCACUAUGGAUGCCCCCGAAUUUCAGGAAAGCUUUGUGACUUCAGGAGUUUUUAAUGUAACAGAAUUGGUGCAAGUCUCCAGAACUCCUGUGGUGACGGGCACCGGCCCCAACUUCUCACUGGGAGAGCUGCAGGGUCACCUGGCCUACGACCUGAACCCCACUGGCACGGGCAUGAGGAGGACGCUGCCCAGCACUUCUUCCAGCGGGAGUAAAAGGCACAAGUCCGGCUCCAUGGAGGACGACAUUGACACUAGCCCCAGCGGAGAAUUCUACACAUCGCCCAGCUCCCCCGCCAGCAGCAGCCGAAACUGGCAGGAGGAGAUGGAAGGGGGGAUUUCUCCCACGGUGAAGAAGACCGAGAUGGACAAGUCUCCCUUCAGCAGCCCCUCCCCCCAGGACAGCUCCCCUCGGCUCAGCAGCUUCACUCAGCACCACCGGCCCGUGAUCGCAGUGCACAGCGGUAUCUCCAGAAGUCCACACCCCUCGUCAUCUCUACACUUCCCCACCACCUCCAUCCUCCCUCAGACAGCAUCCACCUACUUUCCCCACACGGCCAUUCGCUACCCCCCCCACCUCGGCGCGCAGGACCCCCUCAAGGAUCUCGUCUCUCUCGCCUGUGACCCCUCCAAUCAGCAGCCCGGCCCGCUGAACGGCAGUGGUCAAGUGAAGGUGCCCAGCCACUACAUUUCCUCGCAGAUGCUGGCACCACCGCCUCCCCCUGGCAUGUCCCGACUGACGUUGCCACCCGACUCCAAAUCCGCUACGACUACCACGGAAGGAGGAGCCAAUUCUCCUACGUCACCCACGUACUCCGCCCCGGGGACGCCCCCUGCCAACCGUUCCUUUGUGGGAAUAGGACCUCGGGACCCUGGGAGCCUCUAUCAGGCACAGUCCUGGUAUCUGGGCAACUGAAUGCUAAGGAUAAUCCUUAGGGAAUGGACACAGAUUAGUGAUUUUCGUGUGGAAAAUUGUGAACGAUGCAAGAGGGAAAUCAAUACAUAUAUAAAGAUGCUUCAACUCGCCUUCUGAAGGAAGAAGAGGAGGUGGGAGAGAAGACGAUGGGGCAGAGUGAGGAGAAGUGGUGCAGAAACACUAUCACCCCAGCAACAUCUGCAGAGAAAGCACUUCUGUCACCUUUUCUCGGUAACAUCGAAGGUGCAGCAUUUGUCAUAUAUGCAAAAUAGUAAUCCUUUAUUUUCGUAAACUAAAACAUUCUAACAGUCUUUCCAGCUUUUAGAUGUUUCGGAUUUUGUCCCUGUUUUUCGAAGAAAAAAAUGACAUGGUCUAGCCCAAAUAGUGGAAAAAAAAUAUUUUUUCAUUAGGUUUCUCAGACAAUCAUAUAUACCUUUUUUUAAAGGGGAGAUAUUUAUGGAAUUGAACAAUCAUUGCCACUAGAUUUGUCAUAUCACUUACUGUUUCUUUAUCACAGAGGAAUUAUGCACAAAAGCAGACCCACCAAAAAGCCACAUGAUAAACUGGAUUUAAAGGAAGCUGUUCUGAUUGGUCUAGGUUUGAACCUCUAUUACCUGCCUUCUGUAGAAUAGCUGAUGUCUAUUGUUUCUAUUGGUCAUGUAAAAUACAGACAACACUCUAUGGACCACUUAGGAGGAACGGGUUUAUGAAUGAUGGGGUCUGUGAGUACAGAUGACAGCUAUAACUGGAAUUCAUCAAUGAAGUUACAAUACACAAAAUGGAUUGUUGACUCUUUUUAUGUUUGUGUAUUUCACACAUCAUAAAAUGGCCAGCUCUCUUGCAGUCCAGCUUUGCCUCAUGUGGUUUCUGGUGAAGGCUGAGGUGCAGCCUUUUUACUUUUCCUCUGCCGAACCAAGACACUAAACCAUACUCAAGUGAGGACAGGGCAUGUUUGACGAAAGGCCAAGAAGUGGGUUUGUGUUUGAGGUCUGCACUGCCUGAAGGGUGGUGCUAAUGAGCCAUUAUUAGGCUAUUACAUUUCUGACAUCUUUAGAAAAUGUACAAGCACUUAGCGACAACAGAAUAAAGAAAGCACUGAAUAAACAGUGUAUUGUGAGAUGUACCUCUGAUAUCAGGAGGUUUCACACUACUGUGGUCUCCCCUCUUCCACGUGAAGUCCUUUGCCUCUCCAGAUAUAACAACAUACAGUACUUCUUCAAGAUGACUUUUACUCUUUGUAAUGCACAGGUUCAAAGGCGAGAGACCAUAGUGAGUGAGUUAAGCACCUUUAGAUCUUCCAUGUAUUCAGGUCCCCCAGAUGGAUCCACUGUGAAUACAUGCAAACCCGCUUCUUUGAGUCCGACUGUGAGAGUGUCUGUUUCCAAUUAGAUAAAUUUAUCAUUUAAGGCCAAAUAAUAACUUUCAUUUGCGUAGUUUACUACAAAAGAAUGCUGUUAAAAAGUUACUUAAAAGUGGCAAAUAGUAAAAAGUGGCAAUUAAAUACAGAGUUCCACGUUUGCGUUGCGUAUCAAGCCCUUCAGUAGGAUCUGGCCAUUACUGUGCCUGUGUGUCCUUCUGAGUAAUACACAGUGUGGUUAGAGGGUGGUUCUACAUUCUGCCUUCCAUCUCUCUGCAUUGCUUGCACUUUGGCCCAGAUCCUUGCCUCCUAUCUGUGGAACAGGAACCCGAGUUUGACUGGCUCCCAGAACCUUUUCCCCAUCAGUGUCAUCUCUGUCCUCCCCUCUUCCCCUGAGAACGGCCAGGAGCUCCUAAAGAUAUGCAACUGUGAUUGGAAAACUGGUGCAUAUCGACGCAAAGAGGACAGGCUGUCACCCAUCCCUGGUGGCAUAUCGAAACCAACAGAGACUUUUAAGUGCCAUUUUCUGAUUGCGAUUAUUGGAAUUAAGUUGUAAAUUGAUUUUAAUUCAAAACCCCAGUUUUGCUUAGAUGGGGAAUUUGACUGUGGAGAAUUUUUUAUAUCUUCCUCAAAGCUAAAAUCACAUCUUCUCAUCAAAAGGACUAAAUGAAAAGAAAUGACUUUAGAAGAGUGCAGCACCACACUGUGUAUUAUAAAAGAUGUUCAACACUGAAAUUGUUUUUUAUAGUUUGUAGAGAAAGCUAUCCCUGACAUUUGCUUGAGUAUAAUACCCAAUUCAAAAGACUAAUCUUUAAAUAAUGAAUCAAACAUUUUUUUAGAAAAAUUCCAAGCAUUGAUAUUUUAAAUAUAUUAUCCUCACCCAAUGUCAUUUACUAUUUCUUUCCCCACAAUUAAACCCCUAGAUCUUUGUAGAGUAAUUAGUAGGCUAGAAUUAGGGUUUAUUUUGCAUGAUGACAUAGCAAGAGAGUUUAUACUUAUACAGUUCUGUAACCGUGGUAAAUGGCAAAUGUUGCUGCAGUAUUGGGUGUAGAAGAGAAAACUUUUCUUUUUUUGUGUAUCUAGUUUAAAUUUCAUUGGAAAUGAAAGGCAUUGCACUACUAUAUAGUUAAUUUUCUUCUUUAGCAGCUAAAAUUCUCUUUUUUGCGUAAUCAUACAAAAUGCUGCAAGUCAGAACUAGUAUUAGGGGUUUAUUUUAGUGACUAGUGUUUUUGUUUUCAUUUGGUAGCAGGGUACAUGACUUCUGAGUGUUGGCUUUCUUAAGCUAUAGAUAUGAUCAGAACUGUUGUUCAUACCCCGUUUUGUUUCUUACGUUAUAGAUAUGUUUCUUUGUGUAUUUUGGAGUACUAGAGAAAAGCACCAGAUUUGAAAUUACAUCCCUGAAGAUGCCAUGUAUCUACACUGUCAAUGUAGUCAAGAAAUUCUGACACCCUGCUCAAUGACAUCUAGGAAACAGAAUGACAGCCACUGAGGCAAGUGCAAUCAGGAGCUACAAUAAGAUAGUCCUCUGACCCCCUGGACUGUAAACGCAGGGGUCAAAUAAGUUUAUUUUUCCUUGUUUUCGCAAAGCGAUUUACUUUUAAAAAGUUUGUUGAAGCGUGCCCCUUUUUUCUUGUGCAGAGGAGAACACAGAUGCCUUAGUCAAUAUUGUGAUCUUGUUUUUUUUUUUUUCCUCAGUGUUCUUGAUUUGAGUGUCAGUGUUCCUUUCUUGUUAGUUGUUACCUGUGUGUGUUCAUAACAAGACUGCAUGUUGGGAAAAACAGAUAGGAAAAAUAAUUAAACCCAGGAUAGAGAUGUCAAAGCCUGUAAUCGACGCUGGCGUCCAAUCCUGGGUUAACUCUUGGUCAUUGGGUUACCGUUUCGGUAGGCGAUUGUGUGUGUUUGAGUGUGAUGAUGUAUUGGCACACAGUCAGGACAGGAGGAGUGGGACUGGCAGUGGCCUCAGAUGUCAUGUGUGUGGUUUGGUUGGUGUGGAUCAGGGGUACCAACUGGUGCCUGAGUCAGUUGGCAUUGCAACACUAUUUAGGAAACUCCAGCUGUGGGAUUAGUGUUAAAAACAUCAGGGCUUAAGACUUAUUUACCAAACCCAACCAUAAGCCAUGAAAAGUGCCUAAGACAUUGCAAGAGUUUUUUUUUUCUUUUUAAACUUUUCUCUUUUUUAAUACGUUUCACUUAGAUUCAGGUUGGUGACAGGUGACAGAAAACAGGUGUAAGGCACAGCGAUAAGAAUCGGAAAAAGGUCUGGAGUACACUAGCCCCUAGCCCAUACAACUUUUAUAUACUUUCUUUACAUGGAAGUCUUUCAAGAAGACAAUUUUAACUGUAAAGAUAAGCAAAAAAAAAAGGAAAUAAAUACAAUUGAGCCCUGUACUUCUGCUAUCAGCGCUUACAUAAUCAAACUGACAUAUCAAAGCAAUAUAUAUAUAUGGCUUCAAAUGAGUACAGUCCAUGCACGCUGGUUAUUUUUUAUAACCUUGGGUACUGCUUUGCAAAUUUAAAAAAAUCAGUGACAACAGCUGCAGAUUAAACCUGUAUUUAUUAAUAGAAUACAAACAGUGACUCAUUUUAAAGGUGCUGAUCCAAAAUAAAUAUAUAUAUUAAUGCAUGGUGCUUUUAAGAAGAAAUCAUGUGAUUUAGCUCUACUUGUCAGCAUACUGCUGAUACAACUGCAUGGCAGAUUCUUUAGUUAGACCUUCAAAUGCAGCCCCCUGCUCUUCUCCUGAAAACCCAUUUAACAGAACACAGUUUGUGCAGAUGGGUUGUUUUUUUCUGGGUUUUAUUUUCAGUUCCCUAUCGUUAAACUUUCUUCUACUUUGCACGAUAUUUUAUAUACCACAUUAUGUGCCUUGCCUUUGGUAAAAGAAUUCCUUUUUCCGUGUAAUCAGUGUCACUGCACAAAAAAGACAAAAAAAAAAUGCUGCAUGUGUGAUUGCUUGUCAUUAACUGAACAGAGGUUGCCAUUUGUAUAAAACAGAAAAAAAAACAUUUAAAAAAAGAUCAGAAAAAAGGGGUUUUUAAAUUCAUAGAAUAUUGUAGUGGCACUUAUCAGUAUUGGGAUGUUAUUUCUGUUUUGUUUUUAAGUAGUUGUCUUGCCAUUUUGGAAUCAUUGCCGCAUUGUGAUGUCACAAAAUUAUUUCCUGUUUUUUUAAUUUCCUCCCCAUAUGUGUCUUCCAGCUUAUAUUAUUGUAAUAAUAUAUGAAAAUAUGCAAUACCAGUUUUGUCUUCAAAGAUAGGUGUUUAGUUGAGAUAAAUCAUUUUUUAACUAUUUUUUUCCUUUAAAUGGACAGUUACUGCAGAAUUAAUAAAAAGAAAUAUUGUUAGUUGGUAUUGACCAAAGUUAGUUCUGCUCGCUACACAACGAGAGGUCCGUCUCAUUUAUGAGAAACUAAGACAACAAGGAAGAAAAGGCUUGACGUUUUUUGUUCUGUUUGCCUUUUGUUUUCAAGUUCGAGGCUAGAUAAAGAUGAAAGUAGAAAAAGGGUCAAUAGUGGAGACUUGGGGUGGGGGGGGCGGACUUUUUAUGGAAAGGCUGUGAAGCACUGUGCUGGACAAAAAAAACAUUGAAGGCUUUCUUUUUUUCUGUCCAUUUUCCAUCUUGCAUUUUUUUCUGAUUCUUCAUUAUUUCGGUAAAAGGCUGUCGAGAUCUAUUUGGCAAAGAACUUCACAGCUUAUGCUCGGGUGCCAAACGACAUCUCUCUACCCUUGAGCUUUCCAAAGGAAGCAUUUUGUCAAUGGCCAAAUAUAGAGUUCAACCCUCUGCCCUGAUUAAAAACAGCCCCAAGGUAUUUACUGGUUUCAACUGGAAGACAGUUCAGAUAAGCUGUACCAGUGGCACUUGUGUUGGCACUCCAUUGUUUUUAAACAUCACAGGCUUAGAGGAAGGCUGACUGGUUCUGAGGGUUCUGCUGGGUGAAGUGUACUGGACGUUUUAAAUGGUACCCAUGUGGAAAGGGCACAUGCUAAAUUGUCAAGUCCCUCUUUUUAGAACUGAGGAAAACAUCAAAAUGACAUACUUCUUAAGCCCCUUUUUUCAGUUUUUCAAGAUUUACCUGGUGAAUGAUAACUGGCACAAAACUCUGAUGCGGGGUCAUGAGACAAAUUCUUUCACAAGAACGCAACCUCUUCUGUUUUAAGUGCACUAUUACAGCCAGCCAAAGUGCUUCACAGCUCGCUGUCAGUCUUUAUCGCUGACCUGGGCUGCUCGCGGGGAAGUCUUCGUUCCUUUGCUUUCAUAGCUCCUUCAGAUUGUACAUAGAGAAAAAAAAAAAGAGAAUAAAAAAGCAAUAGUUUAUGGGCAUGCAAACAGCAGGGCAGCAGUCUUCAACGCUAAUAACAGGAGAAAAAUGUCAAGACAUUUGGCUUGAGUGUGGGGGUUUGACUAGAGUGAAAAUGAGUUCUGUUGGGCCCAAGAGUAGUGAACACUUGAGCACUACUUGGAAGAUGUUGUGUGAGGGGGAAGGUAAACAGUGUGGCACAACUCUGGUGCAGCUCCCAUCUCAUUCCUACCAUGUGCAGUAAAGCUGCCUUGCAGGGGAGGGGAAAGGGUGGGGGAGGGGAGGGUUCUGUAAUUUGUAAGAUGUAUAGUUUUGUUAAGUACCUAACCUACCCUGUUUGUAAGGUGAAAAAAAUAUAAAAAGUUUUAAAAAAAAGUUCCAUUACACUGGCUUAUAAAGAAUGUUCAGCAUUAUGUACCAUUUUUUAGAUUAUUUUCUUUGUGGAAAGAAGGCAAUUUCUGCUUAAAACUUGCUCUCUUUCCACAUUCCUAUGCUCAAACUAAAAUAAAAGACAUACUUUUAUGGUUUUGCAUAUUCCUAUACUCGGCAGGUAUAGGCUACUGGCUCCAGAGUAAAUGUACAUGGAGGCAAAAAACUUUAUUGUAUGAAGAAACCAUUACGUUCAUCCUAAGGAAAGAAAAAAGACUUGCAGAAAUUUUAAGGCAUUUUAUCUGAAAGCCGCGUUUUUUUAAAUUAGAAGAUAGGCUGUUCAUUUUGUUACCGCUUAGCAUGAUGGGAGUAUAAAAAGGGUUUUGUGUACUUUUCAUAGGGUCAGAAAAGACCGUGUGAACAUUUGUUAUGCAAUGUACAGUAUUGUUUCUGCAAUGGACAAUGCAAUGCUGGUAGCUAGGCUAUAUAUAUAAGUGUGUACUAAUAACAAGGCAGAAUAAGAGGUAUUGUUUACAUGCCUGUCUUAAGGCCUGGCACUGACAGUUUUCGUGCUCCAUAGUGGCCCCUACUGAAAGCAGAGUGCCAAGGAAGGCAUUCUCUUAGUCCAUCAGUUCCAUUCCCAAAAGAAAAUGCUGCCAUAUCUCAGCAAGCAACUUUUAUAUUUGUUAUACAGGACAUGUGGUGGGGUAGGUUUUGCUAGUGGGCAGUUGAAGUGUUUUGAAGUGUAUUGCUUCUGUGAUUUUUUCAUAUAUUGGUAGUUUUCUAAUUAUUUCAGUUAAAAAAAAAGAGUCCCAAGAUUAUGAAUUAUGUCCAAAUCUUCCAUUUUCUUUUAACAUGGUGUUGCCUCUGUAUUGUUUACAAAUGUAUCUGGGUUUUGCAUAGAAGUAUAAAACCCGCCUUGCUAAACCACAGCUGUAGGAGCUGCUGUCUAAAAUCCUGCUCCAGGAUUUUGUGUGAAAAAUUAAUUCUCAUUCCUCUUGAAAUGCUUUCCUCUACAUAUCUUCCCACUACAAAAUUUUGGCGCUGUACAGAAUUCUGUUUGUUGUUACAGAUAGAUUCUGUCAUUGUGUUGCCACUAACCUGGGAGCAGUUAGUGGAAGUGUCUCUGUUCCUUGCCAUGCUUUUAUAGUCCCAUCAGGUCAAUCAUUAGUACUAGUUUGGCUUUGCUUCUGUCUUCCCGGGCACUUGGAAUGUUGGACCAACAGAUCACAAUACUAGAAACACUAAAAAUUAAAACAUCUGAGGAAAUGUCAUAGCUCUGAAGAGGAAAAAGUAGCUUUCAUUUCCAUUUUCCCACUGAUAGCGGAUGGGUGGUGAACGUACUGGUGCACUCUGGCUGCUGUCGUGUCAUCCAGGUGGGGCUGCCCACUGGUGGGGGUGGAGGGGAGUCCCCAUUACCCAUCAAGCAGUUUCUGUGGAGUGUGCAAAAAAGCGCUAUUUAAGUGUCAGGACUUAUGACAUUAUUGUGAUAUAUAGAUGGAAGGGAUUUGUUGUUGUUUUUGUUUUUACUAAACAGGAGCAGUUCAUGUGAGUAUAUGGCUAAGGUGAUAAAGAAGCUCAAUUGGCUUUAUGUACCUGUGACUGCUCAUGAGUAAACCCACUUCCUCAGCUCAUGUCCUGUGAAAAUUUGCACUGUUCCAUAUUUCCAUCGUCUCUGUUCAGUCUGUUGUAACUUCAGCCAGGGGGCCUCUGUGGGGAGCAGUGUCGGCGCCAGGUGCCACAGCAUUAGUGAAGCCAACACCAUUAUUAGGUCUACAGAGCAGGAGCCAUUUCUCUUUUGUACUCGGAUAAGUCAACAGACACAAAAGCAGGGUUUACAAUAAACCUCUUCUAAAGUGGCUUUUGGGGAUUACUGAAGUUACUCCUGGGGAGGUGAAUUUAUGCUUGUCCAAUCCUUCUCCGAUUGAGUUCAUGCACAAAUAUUUUUGGGAUGAACUAGUAUUCUGCGCAUGAAAGUUAGGUGAAUGCCUCUAUGAGAGUAUAGAUCUAUUUUUAUGGAAAAAUAAAGAGGAUUUAAACAUUGUUUUUAGUGCUACAAAAUAAUUUUCUUAUUUUCCGAUUUGUCUAAACCAUAUUGCUUUGCAUAAGCUAAUGAGGAACUUCAGUUCCUUAAAAGAAGGUGGGUCAGCUACGCUUCCUGGGAAUGCAGCCUACUGAUUGGUAGGGUGUACUAGUCAUUGGUACUUCAUUGUACACACAAUGUGCCUUGAAGGGAGACAUCUUUAAUUGAACUUAACAGCAAGGACUAAGUAACUUCAGGAUCACUACUUGCCAUUUUAAGAUGUGCCAGUUGCUUCAGUUAGCCUGACGGGAAUAUGCAAAUUCCAUCACCAGAUUUUUAUGAUCCAUUUCAGAGUUCUUUCUUUUCUGUUUUGCGAUCCAUGAACUUUUUUUUCCCACAUCACAACACAAGAUACUGAGGCCAUGUACAUCUCCACAGUUUUUUUUGGCAGAUUGCACUAGAUAGACUGGUAUUGAUGUUUCAUGUAACAAAACUUCACCUGAGAUGUGCAUCUCUGGAAAUAGCUUCAAAAUUUUACCGCAGGAGAGCAAGGCGAAGAGAGAAACAAAACAGCUGUUUUAAAUGUAUUUUAAUUUUUAAUUUUCUUUCGUCGUGUUAAGUAGCAUGUAUCUACUCUACAUGGGUAGCCAGUCUCUUUUUACAGCCUGAGAAUAAGGCUAGAUGAAUUUAAUUGUAGAUAUUCUGAUUUUUUUUACUCAUUAUCAGACUGGGCUGAUGGAGAUUCUCUAUCAGUCCUGGACAAUCACGGCCAUCUUUGCUUUGCCUUGUGUGCAUGACAGGGGCUGCUGCUGUGUGCUCUGUCUUGCAGACGGUGGACUAUGAUGGUGGUUCCGGCAAUUGCAAAUGUCUGUCCUUGUAGGAAAAAGAAAACACUUUUUCAGUUUCAAAAUUUUUCAAAUACCACUCUGCUCUGUUUGCAGCUGGUUGACAAAGCAAUGCAAAUGUUAUUUUUCAGUGUGCAUUUCUGCAUUCCUAAGGAAAACCUGUCUGUGGUGGGUCCGUAGGCUUCUGGGCAUACUGAUCUGGUUCACAUCUGAAGAGCUACUCAAUUAGACUCACAGCUUCAGUUUUCGUGCAUGUGUAUGACCAGAGGUUUCUGUAUUUUAGGAACUAAAAGGGGGCAAAUCCAGCAGAUUAAGAAAGGGGAGCUUUUGGGUUUUGCCUACAGACAUAUUAUACAGUACAUCGGUCCUCUUAUUUUGUCAAUGCAUGUUGAGUCACCUAAAAAGAAGCUGUGGAUGUCUAACCUGAUGUUUGACCGACUUACUUUAUGCUGUUCGCAAAAAGGAGGAUGAUGAACAUCAGACAUCAUAGGACAAACCCAGAGCCAAGUCAUGUUUUCCAUUUUUUUUUUUCAGUUAAUACCCAGACUGUUUUCCUUGACUUUUCAAACCAGAUUAAGUUGUAUUUAAAUAGUUCUUUCAGAACACGAGUUUCUUUUAAGACACAGAUUCAGGGUCAUGGUGUUACCUUAAGCAAGGGCUAAAACAGGCUGCCCAAACAGUCUCCAUGUGUCUCCCUCAUGGAGGCCUUCCUUCAGCUUUAAAACCAGCUGCAGGUGACAUUUUUAAGCAAACUCCAUAGGCAGAUGCACAGAGAAGGUUGUGUGGAUGGAUUGAGGGCAGGGGCUGGAACAUGCUUGAAACCUGUGGAGCAAACCAGACAAAGCUGUGCAGGAAAAGCUUUGUUCUGGGAUGUUGCUUAUUAAACAGUGAAGGAAAAAACAGUUUUACAGAGGGAAGCCCAGGUCACAGACAAGUUGUGGAUGCAAAGUCCUGAGAGCUUGAGUUAUGAACGAUGCAUUUUACUCAAGUAAGGCCUGAUGCCAAAGGCCUUGCAUCCUGUACAAGCUGAUAUCAGAACUUUGCACAUUUUUUUCUUUGUUGUUCUGGUGCUCUUGGUGCUACUGGGGAGAUCUUUUUACAGGGUAAUUGUCACAGGGGCAACUAUCUAAACUUUACAAAAGCCCAUUCUUUUGAAUUUUAAAUUCCACAUUCUGAAAGCAGUGUUAUUAUAUACAGGACCUACUGGUUAAAAUUUCUCUUACUUUCAGGUGUAGUUUGAGUCUGAGCUGCCUCACAACUACUUUGAAAGCAGGGAUAUUUGGAUAGUUAAAGGAAAAAUAAGGUAAGAAAGUCCCUUGUAAAAUAAGAUGGUGAAAGGAUCUGACUGCUGUGUUGUGUACUAAUGUGGAUCUCCUUCUAAAAGCAGUUCUGCAAAAAAAGGAAAAGAUAUCAAAGUUCUAACAUUUAACUCCACAACAGGGUUGAUAUUUCUAAUGAGACACUUGAAAAUCCCAACUGAAAAUGAAAAAAAAAAUUUAAGACCAUUUCCCCCUAUAUCCCAUUUUUAACUGGAUUAGGGGCCCCUGUUCACAAUUGACCCUGUUGUCAUAGCAACCCCCAUUAAGCACAGGUUUGCUGCACUGAGAGCAGCCCACACCUCACAGCUAAGGUUGGGUUUAAAGCCGGCAUCUGGUAGAGUUUGUGCUGAUAGCUUCAUGGAAUGCUGUUGUAUGCAGAAGACGUUUUUUUUUUCAAUAAGCCAGCAGGAAAAAUAAAAUAUUUAAAGAAAUACCAAAAAUUAUUUCAAUAAGCAGUGCCUGUCAUUUUACCGCUGGUUCCUUUUCUAUGUAUUGCUCUUUCUAUAUAUAUUAUACUAUAUAUAUAUAUUCAGUCUGAUAAUACCGGAGUCAUGUUUAGUUUGCUGGCCUGUGGGCUGUUCAGGGUUUUCUACCCUCCUGAUACCUUUUCACACUGAUCACUCUGCCCUGUGAACCUGUAUUGUCAUGAUAUGGUUAACAAACACAAGGCAAGUCUUCUGUUUCUGUGAAGGCUGCAGUCUUUUACUGCUCGACAAUUUUAAUUUGGAAAAAAACUAUAUAUAUAUACACACACAGUAUGUAGUCCAACUUGCAACAGGGUAAGGAAUAUGCUUUUAGAGGUAUCUUUCAUUUCCUAGAACAAAUUAUUACAUCCACCUGAUUUGGAAUAGCCAGUUGUAUGUUUUAGCUUGCUGCUACAAACCCUGUGACCACACAGGGGGGAGAACUAGGAACUUAAGGCAGACGCUCGUCUUUGAACACGUCACUUGUGGCACAGCCCCUAGUGGCAGCUGGCGUGCCCUUCCCCAACAGCGCUGCAAGCCUGCAAGCUCCCGAGAUGAAGCAGGGUCCCUGUGUUGCGAAGGGACGAUGAAUUCCAACUUUUCUUUUCAGGAGGGAUUUUCUUCUCUACUAAUUCACAAAAAGAAAAGUCUUUACUUCCUACAGGGGGCUUGGGAGUACAGUUAUUUAACAAAAGACUAUUAAAACUGACCUGUUAAAACCUAUUUAAACCAGGUCACGUGUACAUUAACCUAUCAUGACAAUGCUUGUGUUUUAAUAUUUUUUUUAAGAAAGGAACGAAAAGCAUGCUGUUUUAAUUUCUCUUUGCUUUGGAGAAUGUUUAUAAAGUUUGGAAAAAAGAUGCAAAGUUUUGAGGUGUUUCUCUGAGGACACACUGCUGCAGUGUUAAUUUUUAAGGGUUUUUCUCAUUAUACUUCACAAAUAUUACCAUAGUAGUUUAUCAUUUAUUGCUUGCUUGCUGCACAGACACACUACACACCAGGAAAGAGCAUGUGGCGGUUUAGUUGUCCCAGUUCAGCAAAACACAAACCGGAAACCCAUAGCUGGCUAUCAUGUACAUGGUUCAUGACAACAUUUUGCAAGGAUUUUUCUGUUUUUUUCCUUUUUUGAGUUGCAGGAAAAACAAAGAUGUCAGCAACUGAAAAAGUGUUUUAGUAAUCAGUCUAAAGAAAACUGCAGCUGCACCUUUUAAUUGCAGCCUUUUUCUUGUCGGGCAACAAAAUGCCUUUCCUCAGAACUAAAUUACCACGUGUUUUCAACUGGUGUGGCAAAAAAAAAAACCGCUUUGACAAUAUUUGAUUAUAUCAUUGUAUUCAGCCAUUACUGUUAGCAUAUGCUCAUAACUACAUACAAUUACUGGAAGUGAGUAUGUUUCCCUAUGCAAAAAAAUGUAUAAAAAAAUAAACAAGCUAUGCUACAACUCAGAA